CUAUGAACGCGGUUUAUUCCUUUGCAUUUUGACAUGACAACAACCGAGAGCCCGCCGCCACGGCCGCCACCCGACAGAAGCAGCAAGAAGACGAAGCUCGGGUUCUACGCCGACCCGCGAUCCCCCAUUGCGUCUACACCCCUCAAACGUCCACGCACGACGCCGCUGAAUGCGACCUCCGAUGGAGCACAUACUGAUGUCGUCGAGAAUGUCCCGUCCGCUUCAUCACCAACGACAGAAGCGACGACGACGAGGCGGCUCGAUAUGAACGUAGAGGACGAGGAGGAAGAAAAGGAAGAAGUCAAAUCUGCGGACGAAGGAGACUCCAAUCGGACCACUGCAUCGGACAAGCAGUACACCACCGCGGACGACGACGUGGAUCUGUUUUCCCCGGCACUCAAAGUCGAUGGUCGGAUUAAGCAGAAUCUCCACCCACAUCAUCCAAUCCCCUCCACGACCACGACCGCUGUGGCAGAGCAUGUCCCCGACAGCCUCGUCCCUGGCGAACCUGAUGCAGAAACCCCUGCCACAUCCGCAUCACCCAAGGACGACGAGUCCAUCGUUGAAGUCGACUUCAACCCGUUCUACUUUAUGAAGACUUUGCCGCGGUACAGCGACUUGCACGAGCUAGUGCGGCCUGUGGCGCUCCCGCCCAAGACAUCGACCGCGCACAAACUGUGUCUGGUGCUGGAUUUAGACGAAACCCUCGUGCACUGCACCAUCGACGACAUUCCCCAAGCCGAUUUGAAAUUUCCGAUCGAGUACGACAGCCACGAGUACACUGUAUCUGUGAAACGGCGGCCGUUUAUGAUGGAAUUCCUCUCCCAAGUGUCUGAAUGGUUUGAAGUCGUCGUGUUCACGGCAUCCCAGCGCGUCUAUGCCGAAACGUUGCUCGACUUGGUGGAUCCGUACCACCAGUUCAUCUCGUAAGUCGUUUCUCGGGUCAUUUCUCACGAACGAGUGCGAUGUAUGUACAUAUAGACAUCGCCUGUACCGUGACCACUGUUUGCCCGUGGACGGCAACUACCUCAAGGACCUGAACGUGCUCGGCAGAGAUUUGGCCCAUGUGCUUUUGAUUGAUAACUCACCCCAUGCGUUCGGGUACCAAGUGACCAACGGCGUGCCCAUCGAGAGCUGGUUCACCGACGAAAGUGACUCGGAAUUGCUCAAGUUGCUGCCGUUUCUCGAGUCGUUGCUUCACGUUGACGACGUGAGACCGAUCCUUGCCAAGCAAUUUCAGAUCCAACGACUGAUUGAUGCCGCCGUCUUGGACGACCAAUAAACAGGACCAUGUGUCUCUGAGAUACAGUAUGCUGGUGGUAUUUUCAUUC